AUGUCCCAGCAACAAGAACUACCGAGUACCGACUAUUCCCAAAACAAGGACGGUCUACAGCACCAUUUCAGUGAUCUGGAGGAUGACGCAAAGAUUGACAAAGCACUCACUGAAUUAGAUAUGUCGGACCUAGGAAUAGAAGGAGGUGAGCUAGAUGAAUAUUAUGAUGAUGAUGGAGAUGACGAUGACGAUGCAGAACCUUUGUUUAUACCGUCGGAUGACGAGGACGAUGAUUUUCAAGAGAUUUCUGACGAGGAUGACUACAAUGAUGAUUACAACUUCAAGGACGCCCUUAAAGGGGCCAGCAAUUUCAAAGUCAGAAACAGAAGGGAGAAAUUGUCAAAGAAUAACAAGUCAUACUACAGGAAGCGUAUGAUGCGGGCCGAUAAUCGUGAGUUAGAUCCUGAGGUUCGAAUGAACUUGUCUCUUGCAAAUGAAGCUUUUGUUCGUAAUGAUUUGCAAGUUGCUCAACAGUUAUACGUUGAUGUCAUUAAGAAGGAUCCAAAGAAUUUCAGUGCUUACAAGGCAAUUGGAGAGAUUUACAAAUCACAAGGCAAGCUUGAUGAAUGCUGUAGUUCGUGGCUCUUGGCUGCUAAUUUACAUCCUUGGGACAGUGAUUUCUGGGGACAAGUGGCAGAAUUAUCAAACGAGUUGGGCCAUAUCGACCAAGCCAUUUAUUGUUAUACCAGAGCCAUCACGUCAGACACAAAACGAAGUGCAAAUUUCAUUCUCGAAAGGGCUCUUCUUUACAAAGAAAAGCGUCAAUUUGGUAAGGCCUUGGAUGGUUUUCAAAAAAUACGUCAGUUAUACCCACAAGACACCAAUAUUAUAAAAUAUUUAGCAGGUGUGUACCUGGAACAGAAGCGUUUGAAUGAUGCCAUAAACUUGUAUAUGCGAAUUUUGGACCAAAAUAUCAACCCUGAUGCUGAUAGUGAAGAACAAUACCCAAAAUUUGACUGGCCAGAGUUGAAUAUUUUGUUAGAAUUGCACGUCCAACACCGAUCUCUCAAACUUGGAAUAAAUGUUUUGAAGCUUGCAGCAAGGUGGAUUCAAGGUAGAAUGGAUGAAACAUGGUGGGAUGAAAGUGACGAUUCCGAAUUUGACUCAAAAAGGCGGUUCAAAAAGUUAAGCCAUUUGAAAUCCAGCGAUUUAGCUGAUUUCAAGUCAAAACCUUAUGAUCUUCCUAUUGACAUAAGAUUCAAAUUAGGGACACUUCGUUUGGGAUUGAACCAAAAGGAGGAAGCAAUGCAUCAUUUUGAGUAUUUACUUGACGACAACCAGGCGGAAAUUGCUGAUUUGAAUUUCGAAGCGGGUAAGCAAUUGCAAGAAUUUGGAUACUAUGAGGAAGCAUUGACAUUUCUCACUCGCGCAUUUGGUAAUGAGGAGCUAGUUUCAAGUUUUGAUUUAGUGACAUUAUUGGGAAAAUGUUAUUUCGAAAUUGCAGACUAUGCUGAGGCAAAGGAAGCUUACGAAGAGUUAUUGAGCCAUUCACCGAAUAAUGUGGAUUUCAAAUUGGCAUUGGCUGAAACAUUGUACCAUUUGGGAGACGAUAUACAGGCUGAAUCGUUAAUCAACGAAGUACAAGCGGCCAACCAAAAGAACUUGCGAAAGGACAAGGCACUUGAUGAACCGGGGAAGACUGAAGGAUUCUCGUUGAUUAGAAACAAGAUUAGAAAGACGCCCAAGAAGGCAAAAUUAUCAGAGCAAGAGAAGGAAGAAAUUGAAGCUAAUGCCGAGAGAAAAGUGUUGGAAAAGUAUGGUCGCAUGGAAAGAUUGCAAGAGUCAAUGAACUUGGGCGAUAGAGUAGCUAUAGCUGCUUGGAUCCAAUUGGCGUCGCAAUUGAUUGAGAUGUUCACCAGUAUCAAAAGUUUUUUCCCUAAAGAUAGGUCGAAGCGGUUCAAAGGUAUUAUACGAUACCGUACGCGUAAAGAUAUUGAUUUGGAUGAAAAAUUGGCACGAGCUUACAAUCUUUUGGAAGGAUUUAACCUGGAGGAAACAUUUACUCGUCAAACCUUGGUUUCCAAAACCGAAUUUAGAGGAUUAACUUAUGACCAGUGGUUUGAUAUAUUUGCCCAAUUUGGAUUAGUCAUGUCCAAGUAUGAAAACAAUACGGAAUAUGCUGAUGAUAUCAUCAAUAUUGCAUUAUCUGUCAAUAUAUUUGUUCAUGACAAGAGUAAAGAUGCCAUGUUGAGAUUGUUGAAACUCAUGUUUGGAAUAAAGCAAGAACAAGCCGCAACCACCGUGUUUCACAACAUCAGGACUUUUUUGCUUCAAAAUCAAUUUUCCCCUUACAUGUGUCGCUUAUUCUUUUGUUGUUACUCCUCAGGAGCAACAUUUGCAGAGACAUUCUCCUGUUAUAACCACCAAAAAUUUUUUCUUCGUCAAAUUAAGGCUUACGAUUCAUGUUACAAACAAGAGCCUGUGUCGGGUAUGCCCAACAUCACUGCCGAUGUUGGGAAUAUAGAACUUGGCCCUGCACACCCUGACUUGAUCUACAUAUACGCAAACUUACUCGGUGGAAAAGGAAGUCAUUCUUCCUUAGUGUUUUAUCUUAACCGUGCGUACAAAUAUUUCACCAAAGAUUCAAUGAUUUGUUUGGUUUUAGGAUUAGCACAUGUUCAUCGGUCAAUGCAAAGGUUGAGCUCAAAUAGACAUAUCCAGUUGUUACAAGGAAUUAGCAUCUUGUUGGAGUAUAAAACCAAUAGACUUUGUACAAACACAACUAUUUAUGAGAUGCAAGAGAUUGAAUAUAAUUUUGGUAGGUUGUUUCACAUGUUGGGAUUGACAAGUCUUGCUGUUGGUCAUUAUAACAAAGUGUUGCAAAUCCUGGAUGAUGAAGAAAAAGAUAUUGAUGAUGAUUUUGAUUUGAAAUGGGAGGCAGCGUACAACUUGUCUUUGAUUUACAGUAUCAAUGGCAAUUCGCAAAUGGCACGGUAUUUGACCGAAAAGUAUUUAACGAUGUAA